AUGAAUAAAUAUAAAAUGUUUGAAUAAUAUUAUAUAUUUUAUUAUAAUAAUAUUUUGAAAAAGUGUUUUUAACCUAAAAUAUAAAUAAAUAAAUAGAUUUUAUUAUUAUAAAUAUCAUUCAUAUUUUUGUAAGUAAAUAAAUUAUUUUUGAAAAAUAAAAAAAUUAAAUCCUCUUAAGCAAACCCUCUGGUUUCUCCAAGAACGAUCAAAUAAUUUGAAACUUUUAGUGUUAUAUUACAUCUUAUUAAAUUAUAUAAAUGCCAAAUUUUUAUAUGCCAGUUAUAUUUUAAUCUUAAAUAUUAUCCAUCAAUCAUAUUUUUAUCCUUUUGUUAUUUAUCUUGA